GAUUUCUUCUCUUUCUUCCUCCCCAGCAGGAAGAGCUGAGACAGGAUGGCCUGGCAGGGGCUGGUGCUGGCUGGCUGCCUCCUCCUGCUCCCCUCCGCCACAGCGGACUGCCUGUCGCGGUGCUCCUUGUGUGCUGUAAAGACUCAGGAUGGGCCCAAACCCAUCAACCCCCUGAUUUGCUCCCUGGAAUGCCAGGCUGCCCUGCUGCCCUCUGAGGAAUGGGAGAGAUGCCAGAGCUUUCUGUCUUUUCUCACCCCCUCCACCCUUGGGCUCAAUGACAAGGAGGACUUGGGGAGCAAGGCGGUUGGAGAGGGGCCCUACAGUGAGCUGGCCAAGCUCUCUAGGUCCUUCCUGAAGGAGCUGGAGAAAAGCAAGCUCCUCCCCAGUAUCUCAGCAAAGGAGAAUGCUCUGAGCAAGAGCCUGGAGGAUAAGCUCAGGGGUCUCUCCGGCGGUUUCGGGGAGGGAGCGGAGUCUGAGCUGGUGAGGGAUGCCCAGCUGAAUGACGGCGCCGUGGAGACUGGCACGCUUGAUUUCGCUGAGGAGGACCCCAAGGAGCAGGUCAAACGCUACGGGGGCUUUUUGCGCAAAUACCCCAAGAGGAGCUCAGAGGUGGCUGGGGAGGGGGACGGAGAUAGCAUGGGCCACGAGGACCUGUACAAACGCUAUGGGGGCUUCUUGCGGCGCAUUCGUCCCAAGCUCAAGUGGGACAACCAGAAGCGUUAUGGCGGUUUUCUCCGGCGCCAGUUCAAGGUGGUGACUCGGUCUCAGGAAGAUCCCAAUGCUUACUCUGGAGAGCUUUUUGAUGUAUAAGCACCUCUCAUCAUGGAGCAGAGUCAGGAGCAUCCAUCCCCUGACAUGUUUUCAGGUUGGAGUUCAUUCAUUCAUCCUCUUGUAUAUGCCCCUUCCCCAUGCUCAGCUCAGCAUUGUGUACAAAAUAUCCAAGCUCAGCCCACCUGUCUUCUGCCUGGGAGGAUGGUAUUUCUCUGGGGUCUGUGAUGGGGAAGGGUGGAUGUCCCCUCCCCACAAUAGGCUUAGUGCUUGGCUCAGAUGCCUAGACUUUAAAAUUACCACCAGCAGCGGCAGCUUGUGAUCUCUGUCCUUUCAACCUGUUCACAUGGCUCUCCAAUUCCCGGGAACCAGAGCGACGUGUUCUUUGUAUCUGUGGGUCUAUGAUCUCUAAACUUAACGGAUCACAUGCCCCUCUCAGAAGAAAUUGAGCAUGCUCCCUCAUGCAGAUAGUAUAUGCUUCAUAAACAUGCAAAGAGUAGAGCUUUAAAAUAAGGUAAAUAAUCAUACACAGAAAUUCUAACAUCGUAUUCCCAAAUCUCAAAAGAUCUCCUGUACCCCCCACUUUGGAGACCAUGCUUUAGGUACAAAGCUUAAACAUUGCCGUAUAUUGGAUCAGGAACCCUUACAGCAGAGGGUCCAGUCGUCUAGUGGGUUUAAUGUUUAGUCAGUGUACUCUGAGUCCUCAUUGUUCGGAAAAGCACCUCUUGAAGAACUGACUUCCUGAGCUCCCAGUCAUGUUGGUAACCUGGACAGUGCCCAACUCCUUACAGAAAGGAGUGAAAACCCCUUUCAGAAAUGAUUGAGUGCAGUCUCUUGAAUGCCUAAAUGAUCAAGGAGGGAGCAAGGCAAACCAAUUUGUUCUGUGCAACAAACUCAAAAUGUGGACCAGUUCCCUCAGCCCUCAUUAAACUAAUUAAACUGAUCGGUAUCAUGCUUCUACUCCAUGGUGAACUGAAGCAGAGUCAAGUUGAUGAAGUUAAGCACAACCAUGUUCUUGAGCAGCUGAACUGGCUGCCAAGAGUCCAAGCCAUCUGGCCCAACAUAUGCACUGGGCAUUGGGUAAGGGACUCCAGAAGCAGCAGCUAGAAAGAGAAAAAGGCCCUCUUCAACCCCCAUGAUGCUUCUUUCCUCUUAAUGUCUCAAAAUAAAAUCAGAAAGAGGAAUAAAAUGAUUAAGUGCUUAAGUCCAAAUGAGUUCCCUUGAUUCAAAUAACCCUGAACCAGAGGCAGAGACCUCCUGAUGUCUUGGUUUCAGUCAAAGCCCUCUCUCUCUGUCUCUCAUUUGCGCUGUCAUUCCCAGGCAUUUUAUUUUGGUUUGUGGCUCCAGGAGAUGGGGCUGGAUAGGAGAGGAAACAGGCUUGAAUUUGGAUAAUUUGUAUAAGAUGCUGCUGAGCACAUCUCUUCAUGUGCAGUCCCCAGGUAUCUGAUGAUGUUCUGAAAUGGAUAGAUUGUUUCAGAGUUAUCCUGUGUGCUUUUAAAAAAAAAUCCCAUUUAUGCAAUUUACUUGGAAUUUGCUUACUCUUUAAUGGGCCUGUGUAAUUUCCUGCUCCUCCAGUACAAUAAAUAAAAGAUGCUGAUGACUUGG